AUGUCGCGUUACUCAACUACACUCAUCUUCAUGUUCCGCCAAACAAAACGCCGUGUUGCUGGAAGAAGGCAUUUUGAAAAUGUCGCGGCCUAUGCCGAGUCUGCUGUGUACCCCUCUCGACUCUCCUUUUACGACACGCCGCCCUUGCAGGAAAUCACGUUGGAGCAGUUUGAAACUUGGGCCAUCGAUCGUCUUCGGGUCUUGAUUGAAAUCGAAUCGUGUCUUGCGCGCGGCAAAUCCGUGCGUGACAUGGAGGGCAUCGUCCGUCCGCUUUUGCUCAAGCAUUUACCCUCCUCUGACGUUGACGAGCGCCGGAAAGACCAUUACUCACACUAUACUUUGCGGCUUGUCUUUUGCCGCACAGACGAGCUUCGGCGGCGCUUUGUCCGGGCGGAAACGGCCUUGUUUCGCCUCCGCUACAACAUGCUCCAGCCCAAAGAACAGCACGAGUUUGUGCGGCUCAAUGCCGACAAGUUGCACUGGGAAUAUAUUCUGGCGGAGGAAAAGAGCGCGCUCGCAGAAGCACUUUACAGCGCGCUGGGCGCCGCCGUGCGCGCACUUUUGGCAGAUUCGGGCGAGCCGCCCCUUCUGGCCGAGCAUCUUCGCGCGCACAUGCGCGCCGAGUCCUACAUUCGCUUGCCGUUUGAGAAAGUGGGCGCGCUCGUCGCCCUGCGGCUGGUGUACGUUUCGCGCGGCCGCGCCUAUGUCCCCGCGGCACUUCAACUGAGCUUGCUUGCAGCAGAGUUUUCGUCGCUGUUGUCCAAUGCGCUCAUGAAAACGUUCCAGGCGCUUCCGCGGCUUGAGGAAGACGACCGGGUUUUGCCGUUGCUCAGCAACUUGUCUCGCUCUUUUGCCAGUGUCCAGUACGAUGCCACGGAAACUGAAGGGCUCUCUGCGGCCCAAGUGACACUGCCAGACGUGACACAGCACUAUCCCCUCUGUGCAUCGCAUUUGCAAAGCACCUUGGUGGCACAGUCGCACUUGAAAUACAUCGGCCGUCAGCAGCUUGGUCUCUUCUUGAAAGGCGCUGGCCUUGGCGUCGAUGAAGCGCUUCGGUUCUGGGCAGGCCAAUUCACGAAACUGGGGACCAUCAACCAGGACACUUUUAACAAGGAAUACCGCUACAACAUCCGUCACAUGUACGGCUUGGAAGGUGGCCGCAUCAAUUAUAAGCCAUGGGACUGCAACACGAUUUUGCUGAAACCCAAACCGCUGCGUGGAGAAGCCCACGGAUGUCCUUACCGUGACUUUUCUCCAGACGCAUUGGCAGAGCGUGUUGCAUCCAUGGGUGUUGCCCAACACGACGUCCAAGGCGUUCUAGACCAUGUGGCCCGUCACGAAUAUACUGUGGCAUGCACACGUGUCUUUGAGCUCACCCACAAAGUUGACGAAAACCUCCACAUCACACAUCCAAACUUAUACUUUGACAGGUCGAGGCAGUUGAGCAAGAAGGAGGCACGGACGUAG